AUGUACGAAGGCGCAGUGCCUCCGUGCGAGUGCGGGGGGAGCGGCAUCCCUGUGGCGUCUUCCUGCUGCAGUCACCCGUCGGCCGAUGGAGACUCGGUGGGCAGCACAGCCAGCCUGGUGUCCUGUGGCUCAGCCACCCAGCCGCAGCAGUCGACUCCCACCACCCCAGUGGAGACGGCCGUGUCGUGUCACCGGCGUGGCAGCUGCCGCUCAGUGCUGCACUGCCAGCGGCCCGUGGAGACCGACAGUUACCUGACACCCACGCAGCGGAAGGACCGUGAACUGCGACAGCUGCGCACUGCCUUGGCUCGAGCUACUACAGAAGCUCGGUUGCGUGACGAACGUCUGCGCGAGCUCACAGCACAGCUUCAGUCCCUGCAAACUUCACAGGGCUUGUCUGUCGAGGGCUCCAGUACCGAAGAGCAUGCUGCAGAGGGUGUCUCACUGGGCGACAGCGGCAUCAGCAGUGAUGUGCUGCCCUCACACACCGAGAGUGUCCCCGAGGAAGAGCCUGAGCUGGAGGGGGGAGACGAGGACAGCACUGGGCCACAGGCUGCUCCAGAGGCGGCCUCUGGGCUGCCCGAGAACCAGGCUGUAAGUGGUGAGUCGGACGACUCAACCGAGUCGUUCCCCGAGGAAGGGGCAACUCGGCGGCGUCCUUCGGCCGGCUCGGAGACGCUGCGCCGCAAGUACCGCCAGCUGAAGCAUCGUUACGAGCAGCGCACGGAGAGUCUGCUGCAGAUGCUGGGAGACCUGAAUGCUAACAUUGCGGAGAAACAGCUGCCGCCACCGCCGUGUGAGCAACAAGGCCCAUCUACUUCCAGGCGGGCAGACGCACUGUGGCAACACGUGUCCACGUGCCAGUCGACGUGUAUCACCAGGUACCUGGAGCUUCGGCCAGCUUACGAGAGCACCCAGGAGCGUCUGCGGCACUUGGAACGGGAGCUGUCCGAGGCACGGGCCGAGAUUGAAAAGCAGGAGCGCUGGCACAGUGAGAUGUACCUCAAGAUGUACAGGAAGGGCCAGGAAGCAGCACAGUUUGAGCGAAAUGAGGAACUGCAGCAUCGUCGUGCCGAGGCCCCCAGUCCGUCGGCACUGCCGGCUUUCCGGGGGGCGCCUGGCACCGAGCGGCAGGCAGAGUACACGCUGCGCUUCCUCAAGGACGCCGUGUACUACUUCCUGACGGACCGGUCUGAUUGCCGGGGACACCUAAGCGCCAUCCAGUCCAUCCUGGGCUUCUCGGAGGCCGAGCGCGCAGCUGUUGCCAAGGCAUGGCGGCACAGGGGGCGCCUCUGAACUGCGCUGCCGAGGUGUGUUCUUGGGAGUGCAGGUACCCUGGGGCACGAUCGCAAGUGCACGGUAGCAGUAGGAGCGCCAUUGUCAGAGCUUGUUCCAACUGCAUUCUAAUGCUCCAGCAUUUCCAGGCGUGGCUUUCACAUUUUCAGUGCUGGCCGAGCCUCAUGAAAUGCACAGUGCUUGAAUGACUUGCGCAUCGAAGGAUUUGGAGUACCAUUUUGUGUGAGGGGCAGUGAAAAUAGCAGCUGGUCGGGAAUCAUAUGGAGAGGAUGUGUUUACAAAGAUGUUCCUCAGAAUCAAAUGGCUGGCUCAUGUCACAUGUCAGGAAGAAGGAUCACAAACAGCUUGACCAUUUAAUUUUAAGAUUACACCUUGAUUCUGAAAGCAACAGGAGUCUUUAGUUAUGCCAUGCAUUUAGGAUGCCCCUUGGGAUAUGCCAAAGAGACUGCUCUUUUAUUCAAUUGGUGGGAAGCCGUCACAAUGCACGUCUUCAGUUAGUGUACUGUUGUGCUCUGUUUGUUGUUGUUGGUUGGCACAUCGAACUGCUACUUGGCAGUUAUUCAGCUUGGCCUCGUCUUUUGCUUAUACUCAAACUGAAGUACGGAUAGCCAUUGCAGGAGAGCCACAUUUCACAAACAGUUGAGCCUGUGCGUUGUCUACACCUACUCAUUUAGGUGACUGUAAUAUCAAGGCUAUGAAGUGAUUAGCAGUGCUAGAACAAGGAAUGUUGCUGAAGCCAACAUUGCAACACAAGGGUUUUUCUUUAUCGAGGCAGCAACUCGUAUUUUUUUCCCUGCUUGUUUGUUAUUAGUCUUCAUAAAGCAGUGCUUGAAAUAUGUGAUCGUUUAGAAAGUCUGUUAUUGUUGGCUGUAUGAUCUGGCUGUAUUCUGAAGUAGGGUCAGAGCUUAACUCUCGGAAAUGCGUAUCAUUACUGAGCUGUCAGUGAGCUGCUUGUCGAAAUGUUGCCUUCAGUGACAUUCCUUGUUUUAGCGCUCUUAGCUACUUAAUUAAAGCCUCCAUUUUCCUGUAAACCUGUCUCUUCUAUUCGAUCAAGGCAUUUGAUGCAAGCAACUCUGCAGACAAAAUUCUGAGCCUGAAGCUGUCGUGACUCUCGUAGUGCAUGCAUCUAUGCAUUCUUUUUACUAGCAGAGUACAAACAUGCACGUAAGGAGGUAUGCAUCCACUGUGCGUGCGCAGCAUGGUUGCCUUUAAUACUCAUGUCUUUCUGCAUUUUCUCUUGUUCGACAUGUAUGCAGGUGCGUAAGCUGUGAUCGAGUUGAGUUCCAGAGAAUCCUUGAAACUUCCACUUGCUAGAGUUGCCUCUCAUGCAACGAGUUAUGCUUAAUUCUUUUUGAAGGAAACAAUGCCUUCAUGGUGGUUCGUUCUUUAUUCCAAUUGGGCCAUAUUGAGUGUUAAAACGAAUGCUACACCCAAUCAGCCUUUCCGGUCAACCACUCUUUGCAAACUGUGUUUUUAGGGGCCUCUCUCGCCCUUUGUUUUCAGCCUUUCAAUAGCCCAAUUGCCUGACAUUGAAUGUCUUAAAAGGCCCACCACAGCCCUGAACAUUUCAAAGCCAGGUGCGUACAGCCACAGCCCAAUAACUCGGACUCUGUAGGGAGUGCCAAAAUAAUUGGGAGUCUGAAAUAACGUACUCACCAGAACAUAAGCAUUUUUAUUUUAAAAGCUACCAAAAAAUAAUGGGCAUGCUGCAUGCACCCUGUUCAAUCUGUAUUCAGGCCAUUAUGAUGAUUUAGCUACAGACCAAAUUUCCAUUUCCUGUUAACUUUAAACAGACUUCAUUGAUUGUAUGGCACUUCGCUCACUUCAUCAAUACAAACACAAACUCGUUAGCACAAACAUCAACAGUGGAGCUGAUGGGUGUGGCCAGCAGAACUUUCACGAGAAUGACAGUAAAGAAAAUGACGAGGGACGAGUAAGAAAAUGGGACGGAAAUGUAAAGAAAAGGACUAGGGGGAUGAGUCCAAAUGAUCCUAUGUCCCGAAUUAAUGAGGGUCGAAUUAACAAGGUUUUACGUUAGUAUCUUGUGGGGGUAUGCUCUGCGUGAGGCUAACGCUGAAGGCAAGCUCCGGAUCUAGCCACACACAGUUGUUCCGUCGUACUCCCCAACCCAUAGCGCGUGCAAUUGCAGCUACAUAGGGUUCGGGUGAAUAAGGCAACGAGCGAGUCAACUCGCCAACGUUUAUUGCUGCGGGCAAUAAGGCACACUUGCAGAGGGAAGUCCACUCUGUAUAAUAAGUAAUAAAUAGGCUUGCCUCGUUGCGUGUGAUAGUCACGCAAGCGAGGUCACUCACGGGUUGUGGCAGGUAAAUCUGUUUCGGCAGCCUCGAGGUCGGGGCGCCAGAGAGAGCAGGUCUCCUGCAGUGGCGCUCUUUUAUGCCUUUUUACCUUUUGCGAGGAGAAUGUCCUCCUCGCACAUCAGAUACCUUCCCUUCUCCCGCGAGGGUAUGCACGUCGCGAGAAGUGAGCGAGAACUGGGAGAGGGCAAAGGGCUUCUCUAUCGUGUCUACGCUGGCUCCCGGAAUGGACACAGAAAGACAUGAAAGGACAGCGCCCGCCCUGUCAUGUCUUCCUGUGUCUUCGUCAUAAAAAAUAGCGCUGGAUUACUUUCUUAAAGAAGAACAAAUGAUGCAUCACCAACUAGCCUCGCAGCGUGUUUUGUUGAGCGAACUCAUUACUUUUGCAUCAUUUUAAACGCAUGCGCAGGGCUCGUUCUCCAAACACAACAAUAUGUGAACCUGGCGAAGGGGCUGUUUCUUUCUUCCAUUACUGUCAUGGUCGUAGCCUUUCAGCUCAUUUAGAAGCUGGACAGUUGGCCAGACAUUCAGGCUUGAACAGCAUCACGAGUAUCGAAUAACAAAGGUGUUUUGCUUACUCAAUUAGACUCUACACAACCAUUCUGUCUUAUUACAUUUAAAAAUAAGAAAAUGUUCAGUAUGAUACUAGAUAGCUGAAGGCCAUCUUUUAAAAUGUACAUAUUCGACUUGAUUCACCAAUUUCAUUGCUUGAACACCUUUAGCUUUGAGACAUUCUCAAACCCCUUGUAUUGUGCAGCCCUGUUAUUAUUUGAAGGGACACCAACAUCCUUUUGUCUGUUCUCUGCCCACUUGUGUGGUGUCCACCAAGACAAGGCCAGCUGCCAGUCUUUUGUAUAGUGAGGGAAAUUAUCAGCAACAUGGAAGGUUUACCUCCGAUGCUCCAAUGUAAAUGCCAUGCACUUCAAUAAAUUUGAUGAGGCUUUCUGAACCUAAAAGACAAAGUUAAUCUGCAGCGACUGUAGGGAGCCAAUUGUUUAUUUGGCCAUCACUGUUCUUGCAAAAAACUCACUAAGUUGCAAAAAUCACAAAGCUUAAGAAAACUGAAGCAUCACAUUUACAACUCUGCAAAUUGGCCAUAAAAAAUAUCACAGUUCUUCGAACUGCACCUAUUAAAUCUCGAAUUAAACGAGAGGCAGAAAAAACUCCGUUGAUGCGUUGGGUUGCCUGGUUCGCCCCCCGAUUGAGUGUGCACACCCCUUUUAUAGGUGCAAAGUAGUUUGAAAGUAACGUAGAAAUUGCAUUAGAGCUCCCAGAUGUUCCUUCGUGGGGCUCAGUUAUGAGGAUGCCGAGGCUCGCUGCAGGCCUAAGAGCGGCGCUCUAAACUCGUUAAGAUCGUUACUUUGUUUAGGAACUUUAUCACCAUUUCUACAUUAGACAAAUGGAAAGUGGUCGUCCAUAUGAUUCGGGAGCAGCUUAGAAUCGGGCAAAUACUGGAAAAUGAAUCAGUGGUGUGUUGGUGGCGUUUUUUCUGCAUCUCGUUUAAUUUGACCCACCGGAUAAUUGAAUCAGUUUCGUCGGUCCUGUCAGGGUGGAAUUAACGUCUGUUUUUAAUGCAUUAGCAUUAGGAGUGAUGUGUGGGAAGCGGGUCAUGUGGUGGAGGUAGAGAGGGUGACAGUGCACUUCACUGCUCGUAAAGGUGUUCAGUGAGCCCCUGAAUGUGGUCAAGGCACCUCAAGGAAUCAUAAGCAUUUCUCUCGCAUUUACCACUAAAUCCCCACUGAAUGUUUUGUGCAUAGUUGUGGAUAUUUCAAGAUUGUGCUUCAAUUUUCUUUAAACUUGCCAUUCUUGUACAAUUUUGAGAAAAACAAGAGGCCCGAGAUCAUAAUUCUGCUUUCUACAGUCAGUAAAAUUCUGCUUUUUCUUUAAAUGCAACAAAUGUUAUUCUAAUCGGUACAGUGGCUGUCUAAUCGUGACAUUUUUGUGUCUCACAUGCAUUUGAAUAGGGAGACUAGAAUGGGCUCCAAAGUGAAGCAUCCUCUUAAAAUGUCAAAUGAUGGACGCUUCCAAAAUGGCGAGUGCAGACAAAAGGUGGAAGAUGGCACGUGUGUUACUUAAGCAGCUUCAUACUGUGUUCUUCGAGUCCACUUUAAUCUUUAUAAUUAUUUUUACAUUGGCUGAUUGCAGAUGUGGCAAAAAUUAAUGUUUAAAAUUUGUGGGUAUUAGAGGAAAUGGUCGCUUGUUAAUUUCUGAAAAAAAAAUCAAUACUACAAAAUGUGUUGCAUUACGUUUAAAACAAAGUUAUGUAGAUCACGUGUGUGCAAAAAAAAGGAGCCAUAUACGAAAAAAAGAACAAAAAAAAAAGGAACGCAAUGUACAAUGUCGUGCAGUGAUACAGUGCAAUGUCAUCAGUGUUAAGGUUUGUCAACAAAACAAAGUUCACACCUUCAGCUGCAAUGUCCUCUUCUGUCAAGUGAUGUUUUUCUGCCGAUUUCAUCUCUUGAUACUCUUACUUUCCUGGUCAGAAUAAGCAAAUUUUAGCUUCAGAUUUGCUAACAUAAACAAGCGCAGUUUUAAAAAAGUAUGAGGUUUUAUACAUGGUACUCUGCCAUGUCUGCAGCUGUGGUGCUUUGUGGUAUGUAUCUACUGUCGUGUGGUAUGAUGGCAUUUAGGCCCGCAAAGGCGCUUUUGCCUUGUGUACAUUUGGUGUAUGCUGUGAUCUGGUACAUAUCUAGACUGGCAGAGACUAACAUAUCAGACUGGCGUUACUCUUGGGGCCUGCAAACAACCAGAGUUUGUUGUGGAGGCCUCUAGGUUUAACAUUCCAGUAAAUGCAACGAAAUGUUGGGCCACUUAAAAAGCCUAUUUGUGGAUAAUUUUACAUAUGAAAUACAAGUGGAUGCGUCAUGAGACACUCACAAUAGCAGACACUUUUGAUUCCAAAACUGAAUAGUAGGGGUGUGCAAAUACUUUAAUAUUCGAUUUUGAAUCAAAUAGCAAACGUUCAAAUAAUCCAACUUGCGAAUCGAAUGUCUAGUAUUCGAUUUCUCGAAUGUGUAUUUUGGUUUUUGAUUAUUUGGUAUAUUCGAUAAAUGACUGAGCCGUGGUCGAUGCCUUGACGCACACAGUUCCCACGGUGCUCAACCUCUGUCGGUAUGAGGUUCGACCAGGUCGACUGGUUCAAUCGAAACGAUUAAUGCUACACGAACAGAGGGGACAACAAAAUCGGCGCUUGUGGAAAGAGUGGAAGCAUGUGUAAAGAUCAGACUGAUUAGCCACCAGAAGACAUGCUGAUCUUAUUGGAUGUGCAAGUUUAGUGUGCGCAGUUCGGAGCUUUCUGCCUGCAUGCGAGCACACAGACGAACUUGGCACCUGUGCUCGCGGUAGAUGCCGGGUGGUCAACCGCGGACCCGAACACCACUUCUAUGGCUGUCAAUCUAACUCGUACGCACGAUCUCCCGACCGAUCACUAUUGAGCCACCCAUAGGAACUUAUUAGUGAAAAGCUUUCCAUGACAGUCUGCAGUCCGUUAUCACCUCAGCUAUUAGCAAAUUUUCAUCGUUGCCACUCCAUUGGCCAUACUAUAUAGCCCAUUAGGCCUAAUCGAGCUUCGUCAUCGGGUGUCAGCGACUGAAGUUACGGUUUCGUAUUGAAUCAAAGCAUAUCUAUUCACAGCAAUCGCAUGACCGUCAGAGAGCCACCAAACUGCCUCAUCAAUGAAAUCAAGUGUACGGUAUGACCAUUGCUCACGGCUGCCGUCUUUCCGAACACCAUUCGUAGGCACUCGUCGGUCUCUUUUCGUAGCUUCGAGUGGCCCGUCAUAAGGCUAGCUCUACAUUUACGUGGUGGGCAAGACAAUAUAAUGUGACUAGCGCGCUGACCCUUGGCUUGCAGAUGCAUUUAUAUGGACAGAAAAGGGGGGGUCCUCCCAAUUAUAGAAAUAUUUACUGUUGGUGCCGACCGCGGUCAACCCGUGCAGUGCUGAUUGACAUGAUGCGCAUUCCCCACUUUUGUCAGUCGUGCAGAUUGCCCUUAACGAGCUGACAAUAACCCACAGGAACCGCCUGCCAUAAAGGUGGAAAAAACUCUCCUGUUUUCCAAAGAUUUGAAGAGCAAAACUUUCUAAGCAAUAGAUGAGUGUGGCCCACUGUUAAACUGAAGACCCCGUUAUUAUCUAGGACGACUUGGCUAUUUCUUCAGCUAGCUUCAGUGGGAAAAAAGCACUUGAUUCUGUUUGACAGACAUUCUAUCGAUAAAAAGUAUUUUCCAGACCUUAUCAGUGCUGAAAUAGUGAUUUUGGUGUUCCCUUUCGUACGAGUCGACCAUCUCGAAUCCUAGGUACAUAAGCUUUUUUUUUUCUUGAUUCGAUUCGAAAUCUACUAUUCGGUAUUUGCAUGCUCCUAUGAAAUCAUUGUCUGCCGGAAGUGAAGCAUAACUCGGAUUGUGCAGCUUGUUGACUUCAGAGAUUAGUUGCUGCCCGCAGCAUGUUGAAAAAAUCUGCUAACGAGCAGGUGCACACGUCAUCUGCUUAGGUGCUUUUUAGAGGCUAUUACUUUAAUAAGAAAAUUAGACAGGUACAAGCCUUGCAGCUUUGCCAAGGUUGCCAGUUUAGCCAAAGUGAAAUUUCAUUGUGGUUGGCCUUGAAUAGAUAACUGCCCCAUUAUCAGCCUCAUUUUUCAUGAUGUACUGUGGUGUGACACACGUGAUAGAACAGGAAGGUGAUGCGAAGACGAAGCACUUGUUCUUGUGUAGCAUCUACCACUCUACAGUAUGUCAUGUUCAAUCAUUACCGACUAACCCAAUUUUGUUAUGCUAAUUUUCUACAUAGAAGUGUUGAGGCUAUGACGGAAUGAAUACUGAUGACACUGUUCCCAUAACAUUUGACAACACUAGCACAGCUGUGAUACUUAGUGACCCAGCUGGUCUCAGAGUGACCAAAAAAGCAUGUCUGGGGAUUAUGGUGGUAAUGAAAAGAUUGUGCAUAAUGUUGACUGUUCAGCUGCCAAGUCUGGUUUGAAAUCAAGCUCAGAAUACUAGAUGAAGAAAUUAUCUGUGGUUAAACUUGAGUACAACUGUUGUUGCCAUUGAAGUGAUCAAACGUUGCUAUGCAUAGCAUCGCUGUUAUUAAACAUGUCAUGCCUUGCUUUUUUUAUGUGUGUCUGUUAUAUUUUAUUAACGUCUGGGCUCUUUUUUCAGUUUGCACUGCAAUAUGCGAACUGUCAUGCUGGUGCUAUGUUUUUCUCCAUUGACUGGGACAGCAGUUGUCGUCACUGCAUCCGCAAGUCGUCUUUGACACAUGAUGCACUGCAAUCACUCAGUGGCUGUGGUGUUGAGCACAAGGAGGUCACAGGUUUCAUUCCCAGCUGGGGACAGUUUGACUGGGUGCCGCUAAGCUCAUGUGCCGAGCUGCUUAGGAUGCACGUUGUUAAGCUGGGGUGGUAAAACAUUAAUCUGGAACCCGCCUCUGGGAUCCCAACAAUCAGUCAACCAGUUACUGUGCAACCUCACUAUAGUGCAGUUGGAAAAGGGGGGCUGAAAUUGCUUUGUUAUAACCAUUAUAAUUCAUUAUAACCAUUGUCUGCCCUCACAGCCGACAUUGUCGGCCAGGGGACGAGGGUUGCUACCGAGCAAGCCAAAGCUGAUGUGACAAUUCUGCAUGACUACGAAAGACAUGCAGAAGAACACAUACCGAUCGGUUUGUUCUUCUGACAAGCAAUUUAUCCUUCCGAAUUGCAGUACAUGCCGUGCAAUCUGACCACGACUGCAGUGAACUGCUGCACAAUCAAGACAAUGGGCUUCAUGUCCUGCUCUCAUGUCCUCAAAUGUCUCAUGUCCUCAGCCAUCGGAGUGCUGUGAGCAUCUGCUUUCAUACAACGCUCAUUCGGUACACAAGUCGGCAAACAGAUGCUACUAAACAACCGCAAGAUCUUUGUAAUGAGAUUUAUCAAAGCUGAAAGCAUAAAGGCUUAGGUGCUUUAUACAUACAUGCAGCACUUAAUUGCAGCAGUGGCUAGGGGUCAGAUGGCAUAGCAUGCACUGCAAGCCAUGUGCUCGGCUAUUUGAUUCUGGAACCUAACAUUACAGCGCUCACUCAAAGGGCUGUAUACAGCACAACUUGGUGGCAGUGGGAGCAGACACAGUUGCUGCUGGCAGUUCAUUAUAAACUGUCAGUUCUAUGACAGUUCAAUCUUCAUUAUGAUUUAAGAAAAGGUUUUUCUGUCCUCGCUAGAGCUGAAAAUUGGUGGGAUUGGUAUGGCAUACUUGCAUACUUUUGUGCCAUGGAAAGUGCAUUGAAUUACGUAACACAAAAGGAGAGGGACAUCUUAGGAAAAAAUGUGGGACAUCGAGGAAAGAAUUUGAGCUCGCCCGUUUAGUGCCUCGCACGUGUUUCGUUUUCAAGCUGCUGAACGUAUCCCAGAUGUGCACUGCAGGCCAUGUUGGCGGCUCCCUUGGUCUUUUUUCUGCGUGAAUUGCUUCAUCCUCUUACCACAUGCAUAGUAUGUGUGCACCUGACCAUCCCAGUAGUCACCUUUUUUUGGGGAAUGCUAAGGAUGAUGUAAUUGCGGAAUUUUAGUUUUUAGUGCACAUUAAUUAGCUCGGUGGCUCCUUAUGAAAGCAGCCCUUUUGUGCCAUGGACGAGCUGGGUUUGUCCACUCAUUUCUGUUAAAAAUUGCCAUGGUUUCACCUCAGUGGUUUGUCAUGCACAUAGUUCUUAGGGCAGCACAAGCAGGUACAGUGUAGACCGCUUAUAACGUAAGUUGCCGGAGUCGCGAAUAUCCGCACUAUAAGCGGUACUGCACUAUAACCAAAGCAGCAAUUUUCAAGGCCCGCACAUAUGCAAAACAUGUGCACCGAGCCGCCACGCGUAUGCGACAGUCGAGGAAUGAGGCUAGAAUGUUUGCAUUCAAUGUACAGUUGAAUCUCGUUAAUUCGAACCAAAUCACGCGGCGGCGCCUCCGACCGGCAUUGCUCCGGCACCGCCAUAGAGUAAAAGCUUAGGAGAGACCCCUCAAUAUCACGCGCGAACAAACAAAAAGAAAAAACUACAAAAAACGCGGCGGAACUUUCACCCUCUCUCAUAUGGCAAGGUCACCGAUUCUGCGUUGCGCCGGAACAUGCGUGUACGUGCUGACGUCUGAGCCAUGCUACCGUAGCCACGUGUAGAAAAUGGCCGUAAACCCUUCUUUCUCCUUUAUGCUUCCUCUACUUUCUAGUCGCGUGUUGACCUUGCACGCUGCGGCUACGGCGCAGAGGGAAGCGGCGGCGCUGUCUCAGGCCAGCCAAUGAAACUGCCCAUGCCGGCAAACGCCUGCUUCCCGACAAUGGCAGCAAACGAAACUUCGGGGAGCUGGCACCGGGCCGGCUGGAGCGGCGGCGCCUGCACGGCGGCGCGUGCGCAUGGUGACAGUCGAAAGUGAGGGAGCUACGAGGGAUGGCGAAGGGAGCCACCGAAGCGGCGGAGUUGCCGGGGCGAAAUCCACUUCCCUGCCGCCCUCCUCCCUCACAUUCCACGGUCUCCGUGUGUGCCCUUCACCGUGCCGUCCCGGUGCCGCCCGCUCCCUGAAGUUUUGUUUACUGCCGUUAUCGUGAAGCGGCGUUGGCCGGCGUUGGCCGGCGUUGGCAGUUUCAUGGCCCUCGCUCGCUAUGCGCGCCGUGAUAUUUCACUCGCACUCAAGAUUCUGGUUUCAGCCUCACUGGCUGUCCAUUCGCACCACGUGCCCUUCUCCUCCACUUCGUCUCUCUUUCUUCCUCGAGCACUCCUUGGGGCACCCGAUUGAGGGGAGCGUUCGCCGGCUCCGCUGACUUUCCUACUCCCAGGCAGCCGCACUGUAACCGGUAUUUCGUUUCCCGCAACUGCACUAUAAGCGAUACGUGUAUACAUGGAGUGCUAUGGGAAAAUUAACGGGAGUCUGAAAAGACCGCACUAUAUACGGUCCUGCAGUAUAUGCGGUUACGUUAUAAGUGGUCUAUACUGUACAAGUUUAUUCUGGCAGAGGAAGUCACGUAUUGGCCAACUGGGGUCUCCAAAAAAAUUUGUCCAAAAUUGGGCAUUUACGUCCCACAUGGCUAUGAGAGAGAGACGCCAUAGUGGGUGGCUCUCUGUAUUGGGUUCUUUCCCAAAACAUGGCACGCGGGCGCCUUGCUCUGACACGGAGCAUAGAAAGUGCCGAGUAUGCAAGAUGGUAUGGUUGUAAGGUAAUUGGCAUUUAGUCAUAAUUACUAAAGAGAAAUGGCACACCUUUGGUCGAGUGGAGCAGUCAAUCACAGCCCAAAAGUCAGUCGCACCUGAACAACUCUUCACUAUCUUAGGUUGACAGGUAACCAAAUGUCGCCAUUGUCGUUAGUGGUGUCGUGCAGUUAACUGCUUUGUGCUGCAAAUGACGUAAGGAGGGUGUCCUUAAGCCGCAUUGUGUUCUCACCUGCCAGAGCUGGGAACUGAGCCUGCGACCUUGUGCGCAGUGAUAAAAUGCCGUAGCCAUGGAGCAGUGGGCGUUUAAGCGAGUAGCAUGAUGUCGAGGCAACUAACAAUGUCUAUGUAAUAGGUGCCUAUACGUAGGUAUGCUAAACCAAGACGACCACAUUUCCAUUCUAAUACUGGCUCUGCAAUGUGGCAGCCACUUUUUCUAUUCUCUUUUCUAGCAAUUCCAUGAUGCACUUCAAUAGAAGACAGAGCUUUUGAAGCUGCUUAAUGUUUGUAACUUUAGUUUGUAAUGAAUCAUUUAUGAACAGCCUGUGGUUGUUUUGUAGUUCUGUAACAUGCUCCAGACUGGGCUUCUAUGUGCUGUGGAAUUAUGGUGCGAUGUCGCCUUCUGUCUGCACCCUGUAGCACCCGCAUUUGCUAUGAUGCCAGGAGGCGCUCACACACCUAAAUGAGCUUUAGAGGCUACAUUUUUUUACUGUGGUGACACGUUAUGAACUUUAUAAUCAGUCACUCUAAUGUGUUCUGUGGCUGUACUGCUUAUAUAGGCCCAUGCUUGUAUCUGUCAUGCAAAAAAAAGUUAUCGGUACCCACGCACCUGCAUGAAGACUUACGUUGUGCACUGCUGCUAGAGAACUUCUGGCAGCUUAUUCAAAGUUUUUAAAUCAUUUUUACAUUUUCAUUUUUGUUGCUUUAUUUUGAGCUUAGGGAAACACAUUGCAUAAUGUGUAUUUCAUUUUCAGAUGUUUAUGUUCAGUUAAAGCGGUGUAGCUAUCUAUACUUAUGUAUGCAAAUGGGUCGCUUUUAUAUUUCAACGUCACAUAAAAGCUGGGAGAUGUGUGCAGCUUGAUCAUAGUGGGUCAUUGCUCGUUGCACAGUUUUGAUUUGUGCGUGCUUUUUAUUUGCACUUGAUGGUGCUAGAUUGCGCAUUCCACAAACUCAUGUGUGAUAUGGGAGAGGGAAAGUAUAUAUAUAUAUAUAUUAUCACAAUUAAGAUGAGCAUGUCUAUUUUUGCUGCUCGAAUGACGCGGUGCUGGGCUGUGGUGAUUGAGCAUUGGGCAUAUGUAUGUCACUCGUCAUGUCAUUGCUCUCACUGUGUUUCUACAGCUGCUGUACUAUUUAUUCCGAGUGAUUCAACUCAGUUUCUGUGAUGCAUUGUCUGAAAAAUCUGAGAUGCACAGUAGGGUCUGCUCGCUGUUGGUUGGCAUCAUUGUGGAACCUAGUCAUUCUAGGUAAGGCUAGUGUGGGCGAACAUAUUGAGCUGGCUCUGCUAAUCCAGACUCUGCAACGUUCUUCCAAAAGACACAGUGAUGCUCAGACAACAAUUGGUUAGACUUGUCUGUGUGAGACAGUUUCUUGGAAGCACUGCUGAAGCGUGACUGGUUGGCACAUCACCAAAACUUUCUUUAUUGCUUUUGUCACCAAAGACCGCACUGGUUGUAGUAGCAGAGGUCAUACAUGAUGAACCUGCAUAGAAAUGAGCUGGCACGUCCAUACUUUUUUUUUUUUCUUCAGGAAUUGGCACCAUCUGAUGAUAAUAAUGGCACAUGCAGGCCUCAUCCUGAACAGCAGAUACAAAGGCCAUGAUUGCCAAUGUUGUGCGCUGGUUAAAAAAAAAGAAAAGUGGCAUUGGUGAAAGUAGCAAAUGGGCUGCAAAUGCUAAAACAAAAAUCAAAAAGCAGUUGCAACCUGUUCAUUCUGUAAAGCAGCUGCUACUCAUGUUGUAUAUACCACCUUCAUUGAACGGGAAGAGCAAAAACAUUUUAAGACAGUGCAGAUAGUAAUGUUUUUCUUGCAGCAGUGUAUCACUAGCAACAAAUUGGUUCUUUAAGGUAAUAAAGUGAAGUGAAGUGAAUGUCAGUAAAUGCAUGAUAGUGACUUAUUAACUAGUUAGGUGGCCAUAACUUGCUGAUUAACUCUUAAUUUAUUACAUUCAGAUCUAUAUUGUAGGCACAUACAUCCCUGCAGAGAAAUUCUUUGGUAUUCCACAUAAUAUUUUCCUGUAAAGUUGUAAACACAGGACAGUGCCACCUUUGUAUUUUGUGACGUAGCUUGAUGACAAAUUCACCUCAAGGCUGAUGCUUAUCCUGAGCGUUAACUAGUUUCACUUCAGCACUUGCAGUAUGUGUGGUAAAGUAACGAAAUGUUAAUUAGCAAUUUUUAGUUACAUUAUUUGUUUACGAGUGUUGUCGGAUGCCAGUAUGUCAAAAGAAAGCGUUAGUAUCCCCACUGUAGUGCUUUUGGCUCUUUCCAUUUGAAGCAGGCAGUGCAAGACAUAAUUGCCACUGAAAGGACAUGCACGAAUUUAACUUUUAGUCCUAAAUGGCAUUUUAAGGCUCCCGUCACUGAGUAGCACAAUAAAAAAAAAAAAAGAAAUUGAGCGUAGAAUCUCUUGCAUUGGUAUUCCUCACAUUCAGGUUAGCCUUACUUCUUUCCAAUUAAUAGGUGCAGAGCUCAGGGCCUCACAGGUCGUGACACACAAGCACUACAAAAUGUGCCUCCUUGUCUACUCUUAAAAUGACUAAACUGUUGUCCCUACAUAUGGUCUUUCACAUUGCUGACAUGCCACAGGCCUUGAGAAGCUCUUCUGAGGGCUGUCGGCACCAUACAGCAAACAUCUCUCCUGUGCGGCCUUCUUUGCCAAUGGCUUGUGAACAGGCACAUGGCAGCUUCAAGUUAGUCACUCUGUUGUCACGAUUGUUUUCCUUUGUGUGUUCAUGUGCGUCCUUUGAGCAGCAGUCAUGUCUUGCAGCAACUAGGCCAAGACUCCUGGUACAGAAUGCCUGCACAGUUGCAUCUUAUUUCUAGCUCUGUGCACUUAGGGUCUUGUAGUGGCCCACCUUGCUGAACCACGAACCCAGCGUGUCCGAGAAGUGCACUCUUGUUUCCUCCUGAGGGCGUGCAGUCACAAUUUACAUUAUCUCUUGCUGCACUUUUCUUAGCCUCUGCUAUUUUAUAGGGUGCAUGUGUGAUAUUUUUAUCCUGUUGUCUUGUUCUUCAUUGCUAUGUAAAUAGCGUUUCCACAUUUUUCAUGCUGUUGUCUUUUGAUCACUUUCAUUUAGAAUUGAGCUGUUUACAAGGGUUCAGCUUUGCUGUUAUUAGUGACCUUUCAUGCUCCACCUGAAUCCGUAAACUGUUGGGAACCACAUACACAAGCAUUGCAAUGCGGGUUAAUACAAUGUACCAUUGUGUUUAUGUACGAUUUUAUGUCGUUUAGAGAAUAAACAC